AAAGUAAAAGUCCACUAUAAUAAGGAGUUGUUAUUUUCGGAAAUCCGAUAUGGACGGAUCGACGUGUCUGUAAUCGGUUGGUUACUAGCAUAGCAAAUAUAUCUGUUGACAUGUGGUGGUGCCUGGGGAUUUAGUGUAAGAUAAGCGUACAGUGUUGUGGGAAUACUCUAAACCUACGUUGCUUUUCAUUGUAUCGGCGUCUCUGAAUGUUAAUGAAUCAAAUUUAUUAAAUUUAAAAUGGAUAUUUGGAGGAUUUGCGCGCUGUUUUGCAUCUUAGGAUGCGUAUCAGGGACAAUAAAUCAGUAUUUUGACGUUUUUAAUGGCCUGGCAGGUAUAGGAUGCCUUGAAAUUGAUGACACUAUUCCGGACAAUGUUGUUGUCAGCAAGGAUGUUGAGAACGCGCGAGGUACCCACGAUGCAGAGUCUUGUGACACAUUAUUUUCUGCUUAUGUCAAGGACAUUCCAGUCUUAAUUGGCGGUAGGGUCUAUAAUACAGCAGUUCGGUGGGAUCCGUCAAAAGGUGUUUUCAAUGUGAAGACUUUGCUCUACGAAAUUCCUGAAGCACAAACGAAUAACACAGUUGUUUUAAUUUUACAACAAGUAAAUUCGUUUGCAUUGGAGUUCAAAUCAUGUCAGGUCGGGGAAAAAAGAGAAUUCCGGAUUCAUUUACAAGUGGAAAUCACUAGUGGAACAACAAUACAGAUCGAUGCUGGAUUAAGUGAGAAUUACGCCUUCGUGGAUGCAGGCAUAACACUCUUUGGUAUCUAUACUGCCUCAGCUGGAGUGCAGAUGACCUGGAAUGAAUGGAGCAGCAUGGCGCUUGUAGGUAAUGUCCAACUUGUGGCUUUGGGCAAAGACCGCGGGUACAUUUCCAGCCUAGGUUCUGUAGCAAAGCUAAUAGGGAAUGGACCAAAAGAAAUCGUUAUUGAUCUGCAGAACACAUAGCAAUCAGCAAACAGAUGUUUAAAAAGAGCACAGGAAUAUUUGCUGGAGAAACAACGAGCUCUUAAAAGCGCACAUUCCAUUUUCGACGCCGGAGUAGCGAAACUGGAAGAUGCGAAACAAUAUUUCGAAGAAAAGAAACAUGACUUGCAAAAAAAGAGAAAACAAUGGAAAAAUGACCAAGAAAAUGCGGACUUGGUCUGCAAAAUUCAACAGUGCCGAUUAAUCUGCAUUCCUGGAUUGAAGCUCGACACGUGUUAUACGAAGGACUCCUCUUUUCUUUGUCCGCGGAUGACAGAUUGCAUGUUUAACAUGGAUGAUCCUGUUUGCGUUCUUAAUAACAUUUGGUGCAAGACAAAGAGAGGAGCGACGCAUGUAUCAUUGGAGUUUGCACAAGGUGGCGCCCGACUGGCGGAAUCUGUAUUAGACGGCGCACAAACCGUCCUCAAAGCUGCACAAGUCGUCGUAGAUAAAUCCCGUGUCAUAUUAGAUGGAGCAGGCACGGCUUUGACAAUCAUUGAAAAGGGAAUCGAACAUAUAAGAUAUGUUAAUGAAAAGGUCAUCAAUGGAUUAGAAGCUGUUGAAUACUUGAUCAACUAUGGAGUCGAUUUGGCGGGGUUGAUUAUGGAAGCGGUAUCUGAAAACGUCAUUGACGUCCGCGAUUGUGGAGUCAUUGAUUUUGCGUAUUCAAAAGACAUAAUGGAAUCGGGUAUUGAAAUAUUUUACGAAGUAAAUGUUCGAGGACGUGGAUAUAAGAGGGUUUCACGACGCUUGCGUUUGUGCGAUAUGUUCACACCUACCAAAUGCACAGAUAUAGGUGAAAUUGAACAUGUACAUUAACGAACACUAUUACCUUUGUCGAAAUCCUUCCUAUCAUAUGGGUAGCAAAUUAGCAUAUAAAAUAUUGCAAAGUAACCAUUUGAUAAUGCGUAUAAUUAUCAAGACUUUAAAUAAACAAAAAAAAAUCGUUCUAAAAGUAUGUAUCAAAUUCAUAAAUGCGUUUUAUUAACUUUUGUGUUGUUCUUUAUGUUUUUUAUUGAUUUUAUAAUUUGUGUUGUUGUUUAUGCAGCUUUUUUCAGUCAUAUAUGUUACACGUACGUGCAAAUAUUAUAAGAACUAGUUUGAAUAUUUUAAAUGGUAUGUUGAAAUAGUUUGUGAGAUGUAUACCAACGUUAUUCAAAAAGUUUAAGGACGUUCAAUAGUAUACAUUCAAUAACAAAAUACAAACAUGCGGCUGUCGAAGUAGAGCUUUGGUUAAAACGUUUUCAUCUGCAUGCCCAAAGCCAUUUGAAAUAAGUGAUUAUAUUAUUAUUGAUGUUUAUUUCACUAAAAUCUUUUCAUAAAUGCAGUAAAUAAGGUUCAUAUUCUAAAACGCUUGUUAUGAAUAAAAUACACGCUGCAUGUGUUUGAAACAAACUGAA